GAGAGAGAGAUGUUUCUUCUCAUUAGCAGGAGUCAAACGUCAGCCUUGAGAAGGAAAAUUAAUGAAUUAAUGAAUGGCACACACACACUGGUAUGUAUCCUCACCUCUGAGGAGUGGAAGCAGUAUACAUUAGUGAACACGGUUGUUUGGAUCCUCCUUGCCUGAUCAGAGAGGAGAGAGAGAGAGAGAGAGAGAGAGAGAGAGAGAGAGAGAGAGAGAGAGCGCAAGAGAAACAUCCCAAGAGAGACAGAGAAAGAGAGAAAGAGAGAGAGAGAGAGAGAGAGAGUCUCCCUCUGCCUCUUCGGCUUCUCCUGGGCUAGUGGCAAGACACUGACUCUCUUGGAUCCUGGAAGAACACAAGCUGAGGAUACCACAAUGCUGCCUUAGACAGAAUGACAGAACACACAGCAGCACUUUGGAAGGACUAUCAGCAGUAUUUAUUUUCCUUCAUUUGUUCAGAUAGAAAGAAGAUACAACAUCCCUGCCAGGCUGCCACAAGAACGACAGUCAGUCGGACAGACGGACAGAGAGCAGCAGUGGUCAUGCAGCUCGGGCUGUAACAGCUGGAGUACUCUCUCUCGCCUGAAGCAAUUGGUUUUAGGAGCUAAGUUCCUCACUCCCUCUCAAUCACUGAAUCAUAGUCCUGUAGGAUCUCCUCUCAUAAAGAUGGACACAAUACUGCAGUAGCCCCUACAGACUGAGACAGAACAGUCCAGCUCCACUUGGAGAUCAGUAGAAGGAAAGUGUGGAUUCUUCCCUCUCGGAGGGCUGAGAUACCUGCGAUACCUCUGGUCAGAGACUGGAUUGCUGCCUUUUCCUAUGGAGGACAGUUUGAUGAUGAUACUGUAUAUCUGAUUCAGUAUAACAUACUCUGGUCAUAGAGCCUGGACUCUCCCAUGUGGAUAUUUCCUACUCUUCCCUUGGACUUCAGUGGUGAUUCACACUGGAUUGGCUUACUCUCUGUCCGGUGUGUGUGUGUCAGGAUGGAGUGUGUAAAGAGUGUGUCUCUGAUUCUGAGUGUUUUCCUGUUGAGCUCAGCACACUCAGCCCAGAGCGUCUACCCCAGAAUACGACUCUCCCAUAAAGAGUUAUGGGAUCUGAACAGGACGUGGGUGUUUCAGGGACCAGGUCCCUCCCUGCAGCCCCAGACCAUGCUGUUGGACGAGGCCCAUGAAAGGCUGUAUGUAGGGGCUAAAAACAUCCUGUACUCCCUCAGCCUGGAGAGAGUUAACCACCAACACAGAGAGAUCGACUGGGCCAGCUCUGUGUCACAGGUAGAAGAUUGUCUGAUGAAAGGCAGAGAGAAGCCAGAGUGUGCUAACUACAUCAAGGUGCUACAGCGGUAUAACACCACCCACCUGUUGGCCUGCGGAACAGGAGCAUUUAACCCUCACUGUGCCAAAAUCAGGGUGGGACACACAGGACAGGUCAGGCAGUUUGAGCUGGAGGAGCAGAGUGUAGAGAGCGGCAGAGGGAGAUGUCCCUACGACCACAACAGCCCCGUUACAUCCACCCUGGACAGAGGAGAGCUGUAUAUUGGCCUGUACACAGACUACUGGGAGAAUGACGCAGCUCUGUGUCGACUGAACAACCAGAGCUACACACGCACUGAGAGAGACGACAGACAACAGCUCAACGAGCCUAAGUUUAUUGGGUCGGUGGUGAUUCCUGAUAACAAUGACAGGGAUGAUGACAAGGUCUACUUCUUCUUCACGGAGAGAGGGACGGACGCAGAGGGGGUUAACAAGGCUGUUUACACCAGGGUGGGACGGGUCUGUGCGAAUGAUCAGGGAGGUCAGAGGAUGUUGGUGAAUCGUUGGAGCUCCUUCCUAAAGACUCGUCUCAUCUGCUCUGUGGCUGGACCCAACGGCAUCGACACACACUUUGACGAGCUAGAGGAUGUAUUUGUGUUGAAGAACAAGGAUGAGAAGAAUCCAGAGAUUUUUGGCCUCUUCAGCACUACAAGUGCUGUGUUCCAGGGCUAUGCGGUGUGUGUGUACCACAUGGAUGAUGUGCGAGCAGCGUUCAAUGGCCAGUUUGCCCACCGGGAGAGACCAGAGCACCACUGGACCCCCUACGAAGGCCGGGUCCCCUACCCACGCCCCGGAUCUUGUGCCAGUGAGGUAAAUGGUGGUGGGUUCUCAGGUUCUAAGGAGUUCCCUGAUGAGGUUCUGCGAUUCGUGCGUUCCCACCCUGUCAUGUUUAGCCCGGCUCCCCUCCACCGCAGACCAGUUCUACUGCAGACAGAGCCAGGGAGGAGACUAACUCAGAUCGCUGUGGACCGUGUCCAGGCCCAGGAUGGACACUAUCAUGUUCUGUAUAUAGGAACAGACGACUCUGUUGUGUUGAAGGUUAUCACCAUCUACAACAAAGACACAGACACCAUAGAGGAAGUUCUACUGGAGGAACUGCAGGUGUUCAAGGUCCCUUUUCCAAUAACUGAGAUCCUCAUAUCAGCUAAACGGCAACAGCUCUAUGUGGGUUCUGAGGUUGGUGUGGCUCAGGUGAGGCUCCAUCAGUGUGACCUGUACGGGUCUGAGUGUGCCGACUGUUGCCUAGCGAGGGACCCUUAUUGCGCCUGGGAUGGAAUCACCUGCUCACGAUACUACCCUGCUGGGGUUUACACCAAGAGACGAUUCAGGAGACAGGAUGUUCGCCAUGGCAACGCUGUACAGCUGUGCAACGGGCUACAGAUUGAUGGGGAGCAGUACCAGGGUGCAGUGGAGAGGCAGGUGUAUGGGGUAGAGAGUAACAGUACUCUACUAGAGUGUACCCCUCGUUCUCUACAGGCCAGAGUCAUGUGGUACAUACAGAGAGACCCAGACAGAGAGGAGGUCGGAGGUGAUGAGCGUGUAGUUAUGACAACCCACGGGCUGCUAUUCCUUCGUGUUCGGAGCGGGGAUGCUGGUGUGUACGUGUGUCAGACGGUGGAACAUGGCUAUGUCCACACCCUACUGAGGGUCACGCUACACGUGUUGGGAGGGCAGAAGGUUGGGGCCCUGAUACACAGGACAGGGGAGGAGGGGGAGGGAGAGGGGGAGACAAAAGCAACCUGUCACCUCCCUAUAGAUACCUCUCCAGGCCCCCACCCUGGUUCCAACUCUGACCCCAGUUCCAGGCUACAAGGAGCCCUGCCAGGGUUAUCCCUAGCCCCAGCCCCAGCUCCAGGCCCUACCUCCAGGCUGCCAGGCCCAGGUCCUACUUCCAGGCUGCCAGCCCCAGGCCCAGGUACUACAUCCAGGCUGCCAGCCCCAGGACCAGGCCCUGCCUCACAGCUGUGGUACAAGGAGUUUCUCCAGCUGAUAGGCUAUGGGGACUCCCAGAAGGUGGAGGAGUACUGUGAGAGGGUCUGGUGCUCAGGGAAGAGACGCAGGAAGACUAAACGCAGAACACCCAGCCAAUGGAAAUAG